AUGGGCGCGUACUCCAGGGAGGCUUUCAAAGAUUUAAAAAGGUGGACGCUGCUGGUCAAAGUCGGAAAGAGACACGCGAAACGCACAAAGGCUGCCUCCAAAAGACGGGUUCGUUCAAAGCGCCGGGGCGGCAUUCGCCGGCCACGGCGCUGGCCAUCCUUGCCAUUUAUCAAGCUUUCCAGCCUGAGGAACAGCGGCAACCCGGACAAUUAUUGGUCAUUGCAUUUGGUUGCCAAUUGCGUGUGGGUGGACGUGCGGCCUUACCACGUAUUGGCGAUGAACCUGUGGCUAGUUGCGGCUUACAGUGACUGGUGUGGCCAACGCACAGUCAGAUUAUAG